AUGAUCUACGAUGACAGCCUGUCCGACAACCUCCCCUCGGCUUGCUCUGCGGCUCUGCUGGCCAACGUAGCCUGUGACCGUCUCGUGUGGGAUCUUCGCCCAGAGUUCUUCUACCCCCCUGCGCCCCUAGAGCGCUUGUGUACGUCGGGCUGCGCCGCGGCGCUGUCUUCAUGGACAGUGUCAGUCCGUUCCGCGUGUGGCGAGGACGUGAGUGUCCCUGCCGACUUUGAGCUUCCCUCAUCGCCAGUGAUUAUUCCAGCCACCCUGGAGCACAGGUUUCAAUUUACAUGUCUGCGGGAGAACAACAACUUUUGCGGCCCUGUUGAAGCCUUGGCAGUCGUCUUCAGAGACCCUGGAGACAAUAAUCUGGCCGCCUACUGUGCCGACUUCCCCACGUCAGGCAGUCUCUGUAUCACCAACAAGUGCGACACCGUCACUGUUGGAGUCAAUCAGACGUGUGUCACCAUCGCAGACGCUGCAGGCAUCACCGAGACCCAGCUCAAGGCCUGGAACCUGGUCAUCAACUCCGUCUGCUCCAAUAUCGACAUGAUGAACGGCACCACACUCUGCAUCACUCCUCCUGAGCCUCAGCUGACUCCUCCUGUGACGACCAAUAUUCCACCAUUGAUCCCGACUACGGCCGCACCUGCGCCAACAGAUGCCGCCGGGGUAUCAAAUAAGCCUUGCGGCCGCUGGUACGACGUCGGAGCGGGCGAUUACUGUAACCUCGUGGUCCUCAAGUUCGCCAUCUCCCUAGACGACUUCCUCUUCCUCAACACCGGCAUCAAUGCCAACUGCACCAACCUGUAUGCGGGAGAAAGCUACUGCGUACAGCCAGUGGGAGACAUCAAUACCUAUGAUGGCCGGCCGGGCUAUGUCUCCGUCACAGUUGAUCCCAGUGCUGCCUUCACCGGCGUCCCUUUCACCAUGCUCCCCAAUGCCACUGUGACGAGCUACUCGCGACCGUACACCCCUGCGCCGCUGGCAACGGGAGUCCGCGACGAUUGCGUGCAUUAUUUCAAGGGCGACGACUACCAGUUCCCGUCCGACCAGCUGGGAGACUGGAAGAGCAACUGCGAGCUUACAGCCCGCAACUACAACGCCGACAACGACAACUUUGUUGCCUGGAACGCGCUCGGCACCAACGUCACGGAUCCGGCCUGCUCUUUCGUGGCUGGUGAGCGGUACUGCGGAUCCUGGAACCUGCAGGCCACACGCACCGUCACCGAGACGGAUCCGGCAACGACCACGAGCGGAGAUGGAGGCUCGACUCCCCCUGCGGCGACGCACUCGGGUCAGCCUGCAGACUUUGACACGUGGCACGUCGUCGUCUCGGAUGACUCGUGCCAUUCAGUUGCGGACGGCGCCGGAAUCUCGCUGGACCAGUUCUACGACUGGAACCCGGCCGUCAGCCGUGACUGCUCGACCAACUUCUGGUUGGGCCAGGCAUACUGCGUCGGCAUAUCUGGAGACGUAGGCGGCACAGGCACGACGAAGCCCCCAACGACAACUUCCGCGGCGCCGACGACUUCCAAGCCGAGCCCCCCAGGGCCGACGCACACCAGCCAGCCAAGUAACUGCAACAAGUGGGAUAUUGUGGAAUCGGGUGAUGCCUGUGGCUUACUCGCUGAGAGCAAUGGCAUCUCGUUGAACCAGUUCUUGACCUGGAACCCGGCAGUUAGUAGCGACUGUGUUGCCAACUUGUGGUUGGGCCAGGCAUACUGCGUCGGCGUCUCUGGAAGCGGAACUAUCUCCACAUCGUCAUCGACGGCGUUGACGAGGACGACGACGACAAGUGCUGUCAACCCGACUCCUCCCGCGCCUACGCACGAGGGCCAGCCAAGCAACUGUAACAAGUGGAAUGUGGUCCAGUCCGGGGAUGGGUGCGCCUCGAUGGCACAAGACAAUGGCAUCUCGCUGAACCAGUUCUACGACUGGAACCCUGCUGUCAGCCGGGACUGCGUGACAAACUUCUGGCUCGGCCAAGCGUAUUGUGUCGGGGUUUCAUCGUGA